CGUACUAUAGUAUGUAUUCUUCUCCAGGUUUCUCAAACUCACAAAUAAACCUUCAAGAUGUCAGGUGAGCAAGGCAGCAAGGGAAAAGAACCACCUCAAGACCAGUCCCAGUUACAGACUAAAGUCGUCGCUCUUGCAGACAGGAACUCACUGGAGUUCAUUUAUCAUCGAUAUGCUAAUGAGGAAGUCCACUACUCAUGUGGAGAAAAGCUACGGACUUCUUGAAAUGGGAGUGGUACUAAAAGCUGACCAGUUGCCAUCGCCUCGCCAAUUGAACACGCAUCUGCCCUUCAGACAUGUUCCAAAACAAGCAUUCGAUAAGAAAAUAAAGAUCGUUUUGCUCCUUCGGAACCCAAAAGAUGUCCUUGUUUCUUUCUACCACCAUUCAAAGAGCUUGGAAGGAAAUCUAGGCUGGAGUGGUUCAUUUGAGCACUUUUUCCGCUAUGAGAUGGAGGUAGGAGGUUACUAUGGCCACAUGCUGGAUUACAUGAUGGAUUGGCAGGAUGGUUUGGAAGCUCACCCCGAUGUCAAAGUGCACUUUGUAGUAUUUGAAGAUCUAAAGGCUGUGAUGUGGGAGACUGGAAGAACCAUUUCACCGUGGCCAUGAAUGAGCAGUUUGAUGCCGAGUACAAGAGGAGGAUGAGCAACUACAAAACCUCUUUCAAAUAUACUCUCUGAUAGCAUCCAACAUUGUUUUUACCAGUGCACAUGUUUAUUACUUAUAAACAUAACAUCUGUAGUUCAUAGUUUGUUGCUACUGUUAUUGUGGCGAGUGGGCACG